GUUUGGAGUGUGAGUUCUGCGCAGAAGGUUCUCGGUUCACAGACAAGCCUCUGAAUAUGUAUCCAAAUUGGACCAUUCUGCUCCACUUGUCCCUGGCUUGUUGGGGAGCUGGUGGCCAAAUAUUUGCACAGCCGCUACCAAAGAACCAUGGGGCUUUCGCCAUUCAACGGGCAGAGGGCCAGAUGAUUGAGGAAGCUGCCUUGCCACAGCAUCUACAACAAAUCACGGGAAGCGAAGCGUUGGCGCCAUUGUUGCUCAACUUACUGGGCCAGAAUGUGCCGAAUUGGCAGCAGCAGCAGCAGCAGCAAAUUCAGCCACAACUACAGCCCGCCACAAAUCAACCGCAACCACCGCAGGCACAGUUUUUUGUUUACAAUAAAAACUCUCCGGCUGGGAGUCAACAACCUCCAAUAUUGGCCGCGUUCAAUGGCGUCAAUUUGCAACCUGAACAACAGCAACUUCCUUUGGCCCGGGCUCCGGCUGAGGCACAAUAUCCUGCAACAGCAGCCGAAGGGCCAAAAAUCGUUAAGGCGCCGCCUGCAGCCGUCGUUUGGGCGCCGGAAUCGAGGCACCCCGGGCAUAGUACCGGUACCACUAUCAGCACCGCCCUGCUCCACCCGCACCACUUGAACGGCAGGCCUCGCACUGAGACUCAGAUUGCUGGCACUCGGCCUCUGACGCCCCCACACCCGACGCCGCAGUUUGGCGGAAAUGCAGUGCCAGCAAGUUGCCCGGAAGCUGCCAAGCCCCCAGGCCUAGUCCUGGGCUGCACACCCACCAGUCCGCCGGUCACGAACUAUGAGACGAUCCCGCUGCUGAGUGCUACGGCCCUUAAGGCGUCAGUUGGUUAA